AUGGCCACCAUCUCCGAAGCCACCCCGAUCCCCCACGCCUCCGAACCCCCAGCCCGCCGGCAAACCUCCAGCAUUUCCACCGAAACCUCCGGGACCACCUCCAAAAACCCCACACCUCCUAAGGACCGGGCCCCCGAAACCCCCACGCCGCCUCCGAAACCCCCGCGCCGGCUCCGAAAACCCCCAGCGCCGCCCCCAAAAAUCCAGCGCCGGGUCCCAAACCUCCCGCGCCGGGCCGAAACCUCCAGCGCCGGGGCCGAAACCCCCCGCCAGCUCCCAACCCCCACGCCGCCUCCGAAACCCCCAGCACCGCCUCCGAAACCCCACGCCGGGUCCGAAACCCCCAGCGCCCGCUCCCAAACCUCCAGGGGCCGCCUCCCCAAACCCCCAGCGCCGGGGCCGAAACCCCAGCGCCAGUCCGAAUCACCACCGAAACCCCCGGGGCCUCCAAGCACUUGA